UCCAUGUCAUCUGACUAAUAAGGUGAUUAGAAGCCUUUAAUGUAACCAUUUUCGGUCAUGGAGCCUGAAGACAAGAAGGAAUCAACCUAUAGUAAUUCUAAAUUUGAAGGGUAUUCAUCAUUUUAUAAGAUUCUUUUAGUAAAUGCGUCGAUCCUAGGUUGAUGACAUUCUGCAUCACUAAUUUUGUAAUCAAUGUUGGUAUUUCUUAAAUUGCUCCUUUUUAUCCUGGAUUGGCUGCAGAUAAGGCUGGUCUGUCAUAUUCUUAAAUAGGAUUGGUGUUUAGUAUCAAUCCUUUAGGCUCUAUUCUUUUUAGUUUUGUUAUAGGAAGUUUUAUAUAAGUUUGGGGUAAUCCAUAUAAUUAAUUUAGGCCGUAAAAAGUGCUUAAUGAUAGCUUUAGUAGUAUAAUCAUCUGUUUAAAUCCUUUUUGGAUGCCUUAAUUUUAUGACAGACAAUAAGGCCUUAUUUUUUUCAAUGUCUCUCAUUUCCAGAUUCUUCUAAGGUAUGAGUAGAUCUGUCUAUUCAACUGUGACAUUUGCUUAUGUUCCAAUAUUUUGGCCAGGAGAAUUUUAGAAAAAAUUAGCAAUUAUGGAAACAAUGACAGCGUAAAUAUAAUUUAUAAAAUCUAUAUAGAUUGGGAUUAUUGUUUGGUCCUAUGAUUGGUAGUGUUUUGAAUUAUGCAUUCGGAUAUUCCAUACCAUUUUUCGUAAUUGCCAUAUUUUUCCUUUGUGCUGAGAUUCCUACUUAUACAUAGUUGCCCCCUGAUAGUACUAUGAAGAGUUUUGAAAAGAAAAAGAAACUACCAAUUGGAAAAGCAUUUACAUCAAUUAAGGUUAUAGUAACUAUAAUGAAUGUCAUGUCUAUUACUGCAGGUUAUACUUACUUUAAUCCAUUCUUUGUUAAUCAUAUGUAAUCCUUUGGAAUUUCUGAAAAUAUUGCUGCCUUCAUUCUUACAAUUCCUGCUAUAUUUUAUAUUGGUAUGGUUAAUAUUAUACCUAAAAUUGGAAAAUAUGUUAAGAAGACUUUCAUGAUGUCUUUGGCUUUAAUGAUAUGUUUUAGUGGUAAUAUGUUGGAAGCACCAUUUUGGGGAGAAGGUAAUACAUUAGCAAGUGUUAUUAUUGGAUUGAUAUUGGUUGGUGUUUCAUAAUCAUUCUCAAUGAUUCCUAGUAUUCCAUAAAUAAGUGAAUUCUUAGCUCCUGUUGUGACAGAUCCAUAAUUUAAGUAUAUUUUUGAUAUUAAUAAUUAGAAAUAACUUAACUGAUAUGGCAUCAGCCUUAUUUAUUAUGUCAAUGGGUUGUGGUUCAUUAAUUGGACCAUUAUUGGGAGGAUCUAUAUAUGAUGGAUUUGGUGGUAAUGUAAAUCUUGUUGAAUCACCAUCAUAAGAAUUAAUAGAUUAAGAAAGGGAAGCCUUUAGAGGAGCUAUGAUUUGUUUAGGAUUAUGGUAAUUAGUAGCAGCAACAUUGUUUUUCUUCUUUGGAGAUGGAUACAAAGGUUGGAGUGAUUGUUGUAGAACUUGUUAAACAGGAUAAAAUCCAUCUAAAGAUGAAGGACAACAAUUGACAAAACCAUUAAAUGAUGACACAUCAGACGAUGUAAUGAGUGAUAACGACACAUUAUCUUCAGAGGCAUCUGUAGGAAAUGAUAAUGAUUUGUUAUAGGGACCCCCAAAAAAAACAAUAACAAUAAGAAAAGAAGCUUUAUGAUUUG